AUGUAUAUGUUUGUAACUGUUUCUAUUUUGUUGUAUUUGUUUAUUGACAAAUCUUUUCUUUCUCAGUUGUACAAUAUAGUUCGCAAAGAAAUAUGGUACCGGCCGGACAUGUUCUUUUACAGGGACAUGCUUAUGAUGCUUGCAAGAAACAAAAGGGUGGAUGAAACAAAGAGGGUGUGGGAAGAUUUGAAAAGAGAGGGAGUUUUAUUUGAUCAACAUACAUUUGGAGACAUUGUUAGAGCCUAUCUAGAUAGUGGAUUGACCUCAGAGGCUAUGGACAUAUAUGAAGAAAUGAGACAAUCUCCCGAGCCGCCUCUGUCGUUGCCUUUUCGUGUAAUAUUAAAAGGACUCAUUCCAUAUCCGGUGUUAAGAGAGAAAAUAAAAGACGACUUUUUAGAGAUUUUCCCGGAUAUGAUCAUCUAUGAUCCUCCUGAGGACUUGUUUGAAGAUCAUGAGAAACACAGGGAUGGUACUGAUACUGACAUUUAUUGACGAGGUGAUGGAUUUUAAUGGACCUCCUUGCAUUAAGGAUCUGACACUUGGAGCAUGAACAAAAAUAUGCGGGGAAUGAGAGAGUUUCUGAUACCAUCAUCUGCAAUAUGCUGUAACAAAUUCUUUUGAUAGAGAUAUUGAAGUUUGCGGCAUAUGUUUAUACAAUGAAGCAGCAUGAUGCCAUGCAAUGUUGAAACGAGGUAGCUGAUGUUCGAGUAACCUCAUUUUUUCUCGCUUUUCUGUGAUGAUUCCGGCGUUGUGAUUUUCAGACGGCUCUGUCUCGCUCUUUUCAUCAUUAUACUCGAUAGGAUGAAUGAAUAUUGAUGAUACAUUACCUGAUUUCUUAGGUUAGAAAUAGAUGUUGUUCAAGUGGAAAUAUCUAUACACAAAUGUUUUCUUUUGAUAAUUAUAUUCAGUGUGUUUAUUUUGGUCCCA